AUGGUUAAGGUUAAUCUGCACGUUGAUUCGGACAUCUCUGGCUCGGACCAUGUCUCAAAGCUUGACAUCCAGUCAAUACUGAGCUCCAGCUUCGAAGUUGAAAUGAAAAGUGACAAUGAAGGUCACAAACUGGUCUGGAAGGAGGUCAAAGACAUCUUAUUGUUGAAGAAGUUGUUUGAAAAGUAUGAGGAGCGGCCAACUCCAUCAGCUGUCUAUAACUGGAGAAUAUAUGGCACAGCUCUCAUUGCUUCUGCUGCAGCUAUCAUUAUUGGUUACGAUGGCGGGUUCAUCGGUGGAACGGUAGCGUUGAACUCGUUCAGAGAAGAGUUUGGCCUCGACAAAAUGACUAGUUCUCAUGCCGACUAUAUCAUCUCUAAUAUCAUCUCUGUAUUUCAUGCCGGCUGUUUCUUCGGAGCUUUGUUCUCCUACCCUUUCUCAUACUACUGGGGAAGACGUAUCUCGCUCAUUAUUGCGGCCGUCACCAUCACCGUGGGCUCUGCUAUCAUGUUGGCGGCGUCAUCGAAGAAUGGGUUAGCUCCUAUUUAUGUGGGAAGAGUGCUUGCUGGUCUUGCAGUCGGAUUCUCUACAAACCUAACGCCGGUUUAUCUUUCGGAAAUUAGUCCCCCUGCCAUAAGAGGAAGAAUCAUCGCAUUGUACGAAAUCGGCUGGCGUGUAGGCGACUUGGUUGGCUUUUGGAUCAACUAUGGUAUCGACUCGCACGUCACGCCUAGCACAAAACAAUGGUUUAUUCCAUUUGCAAUUCAGCUCGUUCCAAGCGGCAUGUUCCUCGUUGGAAGCGUGAUCAUGAAGGAAAGUCCCCGGUGGCUUUUUUCAGUCAACAAGCAUGAUGAAGCUAUAAACAAUUUGUCUUGGUUCAGAAAUCUUCGGGAAGAUGACGAAUACAUUGUUUAUGAGGUAAACCAAGUCAAGGAGUCUAUUGAGUAUCAGCGCAAUAACGUUGGCCUUGGAAUAACCGAUCCUUUUAAGCAGGUCUUCUUGAGCAAAGACCGCAAAAUUCUUUACCGCUUAUGCCUUACAUGUUCUCUAUUCAUCUUCCAGAACUUCUUGGGAAUUCAAUCCAUCAAUUACUACUCUCCCAAGAUUUUCGCUAGCUUGGGUGUGGAUGGCACGAAUGCUACUCUUUUCUCGACGGGCAUGUUUGGUGUGGUCAAGUUUGUCUGUACCUUCAUAUACAUUCUUUUUAUCGUGGAUUCGUUUGGAAGAAGAAAGGCAUUCAUGUGUUCCUCCACUGUGUGUUCUAUUUGUUUUUGGUACAUAGGUUCCUACCUCAAGGUCAACGAUCCUACGCAACCUGGCGUCGAGGCUGGUCCUGGCGGCACUGCUGCUAUCGUGAUGAUGUACCUUUGGAUUGCAUCUUUUAUUCUUGCAUGGUCUGGCGGACCUUUUGUUGUCGGCUCUGAGGUAUUUGAUCAAAACAUUCGGUCGUUUGUGCAAGCGAUCAACGCGGCUGUUUCUUGGGUUCCCAUCUUUAUCAUGAGUCGUUUUACAUCCGACAUGAUUAGAGCUAUGGAUUACGGCAUUUAUUUUUUCUUUGCAGCAUUGGCAGUUCUAUCGGUACCAUUUGUGUACUUCUGCAUCCCCGAAACGAAGGGGAUUGCCUUAGAGGACAUGGAUAGAUUAUUCAACAAGAACCUUCCUCCCCGCAUCGCUCACUCUGUUGUUAUCAAGGAGGCAAGAAGAGGUGCGGAGGAAGUCAUGAAAGAGCAUCAAGGAUUGUUCAAAGCAGAUACUGCUAAGCAGACUGAGGGACGUCAUAUCGAACAUUCUACUACUCUCAUGGAGUUCAAUACGAACAAGGUCUAA